AUUAUUAUUAUUUAACUGAGUUUGGAAAAUUUCGAUGUCAGGUGACAGCCUUCGCCGACCAGGUUGCUUUGGGGGCGCUGACCUCGCAGCUUGUUUCCGAGAGGAAACAACUUGAGGGUAGGGUUGAGUGCCUUCGGACACAUCAUACCGAGGCAAUCAGGGACAAGUUGGUGGCCGAGAAUAAGAGCCGAAACCUUCUCGAGAAGGUGACAACGCUUGAGAAGAAAAAAGAGGACCUCAGCCGCCGACUUAAUGAUGAAAAAGAGGAUGCAGAGAACGCCCGCGCGGAGGCCUAGGCUGCCCGCAAGCGUGUUGCCGACUUGGAGCUGGAAUUGAAGAAUAUGCGCUGCCAGCGCGAGAGGACGGAGUCUGCCACCCGUGCUGGGGUGGAUCGGGCGCACACGCUUUUCGUGGAUGCGUACCGUGACCUCGGCGCGUAGACUGCCCCCUUCGACAAAUCAGGGGAGGAGGUGGGGACCCGCUUCUUAGGGUGGCUGCAGGAUGAGCUAGAGUCGCUCCCGUCCAUUGUGAUGGGCCUCAUGUCCUAUGCGUCUCUUGUGACCUGUGAGGGGGCUGUGAAUGCUUUGUCCUGCGAGGGAUGUAGGCAUUUUGAGACAUUCGAUCGGUUCAACGAGGAAUUCAAUGCUGGUGUAUUCCAGACCGAAGACGACGUGUUGAAGCGCUCUGUGGGGGCGCUUUACGAUAGGAUGUGGGACCCUCAUGGCCGCGGUGUUGUCCGAGAGAGGGCCAACCGAGCGCUAGCACAUGCGAUGAGGGAAGAAGAAGUGGAGGACCUCGCCGGCCUCGAGGGCUCGGCGGCCCGGAAGGAUGAUGCGGUGGAGGCGGGAGCGGAGGAGCAAUCCUUGCUCCAAGGAGGCGGCGCUGAGGGUCCUGCAGUGGCGGAUGCUUCUGAGGAGGUUGCAAGAAUGUAAUAGGAAUAGAUUGACAUUGUUCGCUUUGUCGAUGAUACUGAAGAUCGGUUGCUGCGCAGGUUUCGACGUCUGGGCCUGCGCAAGCAAACCGUGACGAUAAUGUGAAUGAUGAUAUUUUGGUGGAUGGAAAUGUGGUGUUUCUUAGUA